AAACCGGGAACUGAGCGAAGCGGCAGCCACCGACUGCUGGCCCCCAGCUCAGAACCGAGAGCUGAAGGAGGCCAUGUGAGGCCCCUCCAGGACCCCUGGACACACGCAGGCAGAGGCUUCAGAUGAGGAAAGUGAGGCCCAGAGAGGAACAGGAAGCUGCCCGAGACUCCGUGGAUGCACCAGUGCAUGACUUUCUCCUCCUCACUCCUCUAUGUGCUAACUGAGGCAGGUGCAUAGGAGAGCCCACAGGAAACACUGGGUCCCCAAGAAUCUCAGCCACCAAGAGUCUAUUAGCCUUGGAGCAUGGCAAGUCCCAAGCACCCUGGGAGCCCUGGAUGGAUGGGCCCCAGAGCCCAGUGCAUGGCAGGGACCAAGCAGGAAGCAUCAGCCACUGGCGCAGACCUCCCACGUCCAGGCCCUGAAGGGCACUUAGAGGCCCACAGCAGCCCCAGCUCCAACUCCAGCAUGACCACGCGGGAGCUGCAGGACUACUGGCGGACGGAGAAGCGCUGCUGGAAGCGCGUGAAACUGCUCUUUGAGAUCAGCUCCGCCCGCAUCGAGGAGAGGAAGGUCUCCAAGUUCGUGAUGUACCAAAUCGUCGUCAUCCAGACAGGCAGUUUUGACAGCAACAAAGCCGUCCUGGAACGGCGCUACUCAGACUUCGAGGCGCUCCAGAAAAGCCUCCUGAAGACUUUCCGAGAAGAGAUCGAAGACGUCGUCUUCCCCAAGAAGCACCUGAUGGGGAACUUCAGCGAGGAGAUGAUCUCCGAGCGCAAGCUGGCCUUCAAGGAGUACCUCAGCCUGCUCUACGCCAUCCGCUGCGUCCGCCGGUCCCGGGAGUUCAUCGACUUCCUCACGCGGCCCGAGCUGAAGGAGGCCUUCGGCUGCCUGCGCGCCGGCCAGUACACCAAGGCCCUGGACAUCCUGGUGCGCGUGGUGCCGCUGCAGGAGAAGCUGACGACGCACUGCCCCGCCAUGCUGGUCCCGCCCCUCUGCGCCAUGCUGGUGUGCCACCGCGACCUCGAGCGCCCUGCGGAGGCCUUUGCGGCCGGCGAGCGGGCCCUCCAGUGCCUGCAGGCCCGCGAGGGCCACCGCUACUACGCCCCGCUGCUGGACGCCAUGAUCCGCCUGGCCUACACGCUGGGCAAGGACUUCGUGUCGCUGCAGGAGAGGCUGGAGGAGAGCCAGCAUCGGAAGCCCACGCCCCUGGGCUUCACCCUGAAGGAGCUCACCGUCCGAGAGUAUCUGUACUGAGCCGCGCUGGCGGGGAGCUGAGAUGCGGGAGCCCCGUGCUCGGCGGGCUGUGUGGGGCUCGUUUUUAAUGGGAAGAGCCUCUUUGGGCUGUAACUUGCUGGGCGACUCGGACAAGCCCCUCCUCCGGUCCCCCAUCUGUGUUGGGCAGAGGCAUUCCUGGGCAUCCUUGGAAGUCUCUGCUUCUGGCCUGUGUCCCCGUGAUGCUAGUCCCACUUCAUCUCAAAACCACAAACCUAGCUGCAAAAACACGGGAGAGAGACAUCCACCUUGCUGGCGUUUUUGUAAGUGGCUGGAGGGGAGGCUCACAGCACACCGCGGACAGAGCGUGCUCCUGUUCCUGGCUGACAGCUCUCCCCAGCUGUCCUGAUGCUCUUCUCUCUGCUCCUCCCCCUCCAUGUUGCUUACAGAUAUCCCCAGCCGUUGCCCUAAGUACUCUAGCUCCUCCCUCCUCGUGUGUAGACCCAACUCAGCAAAACAGAAGCUCAUCCACGGCUCCCCAAGGCCAGCGUCACCCCUGGGGUGGGGUGUGUGCCGCCCUUCGAGGGGUGGGAGCGUCCUGGGCUGGAAUGCAGUCGUGCUGUCAGAUCCUAUGACACAAGGUGCCUUCAGUGAGGGGAGUGGCCAACGAUUAGAGAAAUGGUUAGGAUCUAUCAUUAGGUUAGGAUGAUAAACUCACAGCCUAGGGGUGGGUUCAUGUACAAGGCAGCUGUCCCUUGCAUGGGCUCCCUGGGUUAUACAGAUGUGGCCCUGAAGGGGGGUGGGGAGAUACUCAGUGGGGCCCCUGGGUAGAAAGAGACAUGCCUCCCCAUUUGAGGGACAAUGUUCUCGGGACCUGUCUGAUGGGCUGGGAUGCUGUUGACUGAAGUUUGCAGUCAGGAAAGGGCACCGAGGGUUCCCAAGUGAAGAGGAGACUGGACCAAUGACCUGGUUCCACACGGGGCCUGAAGCUGAUGGUACAGGCUGGUUAGGGCCCAAUAUGUGUUUAAGGCUGGAAGUCCCUGAAGACCUAAACCAUCUGGCCCAGCUUAGGAGGGUGAACUAAAGAGGCUCUAACUUGGGCACCACUUUGGUUGUGCAGGGAUCUGGCUCAGCAAAGUCACAGCAGCAGGAGUGGAAGGCAUUCGCCACGCUGCACCAGAACGUGUCCAACAGCGACACCGUGUGGCUGCGAGUGUAGUGGCCCCAUCAGGUGCAUCCUGGAGCUUAGAGACGGGCUGACACCUUUGCACGGAGACAGCCUUCAAGUGUCUCCAUCUAUUCCAGAAGGACACUCCAAGCGGGAGAUAUUGGACUUCUUGAAAAUCUUUAAAAUAGAAAAUUAAAGUGUUAAAUGGAAAAAUAAAAGAGCGGUGACUCUA